GACAAUCCUAGAAAUUGAAUAAAAAUAUUAUCAAUGUAAAAACAAUUAACGUUUACAGAGGGAUUUGAACCUGAUACAAAACCGUUACACUGCCUUAGCACUCCAAUUUUUUUCAAAUUCAAAAACGUUUAUUUACAUAACAAUAAAUUUUACAAAAAUAGAGAUGUUAUGCCAUACUUUGUACUUUAUCGCAUCCAGUCUUUCGUAGUUCCUAUCCCUAAAGAUUAACCUACUUAUUAUACCUAUUCACAUGUCUUAUGUACAUAUAUUAUAACUAGCAUAAUACAUUUCAUGGGACUUAUUCAUACUGCGGUUUACUUAAUUUCAUAUACGAUUUAUAUCUGCUUAUUGUCAUUUUAUGUAGGAAAAACAGAAACAAAAACCUAUAUACUUAUUGCAUGUUCAGCGUGUGAGCUAACCCUGUUUGUUUAAUUCCUAAUUGUUACACUGCCUUAGCACUCCGAUACAUUGCCUCAGGACUACAAACACUGUCGAAAAUACGUAAUUUAAUUUCCUUAAUUUCUAUGCUCGUUAGUUGCAUUUAUAAAUAUUAAAGAUUGCAUAAAACACUUAUUUGAUCAAAAAUGAAAUUUCUGUAUAUAUGUAUGUAUGUAUGUAUUCUUAUAUCUUUUCUUAAAGACGUACGGAUAUAAUAUAAAAUUUACAUAAAAAUUCUCUUCGCUGUAGUCACUGAUACCUAUACAUAUAUUUACAUAUGUAUAUAUAUGAAGUUUCAUAUACUCUUUUCACAAUGUUCUAAUAAUAUUUAAAAAUUCUGAGAUUCUAAGGUCCCCUCAUAAGAUCUUGCGAAAUGCAAUAAAGAUGUGAUACGAUUAACAACAGAACAUAUGAUAAUAUUUUUAUUACAUCAAAUUAUGAAUAAAAAGAAUUAAGUUAGAAUUACAUACAGAAGACCGCUCACGCACUAUAUAUCGUUGUAUUUCUAUGGUUAUGUUUCAGUACUGGUAACUGGUAACACAUGAUUUUAUCGUACAUAUAUAGUAUUUUAAAAUUUAAGAAAUGGGAGUUAUUCUUUCUCAUUACAAUAGUAAUCUCUUUAAAAUGGUCCACAAUAAUUAUACUCCGACCAGACAUAAAUUAUUUGACAGAAUUACAUAAAUGUCCAACAUGUUUUGGUACUUCUGCGUGUGAUUAUAUUCAUGAAGUAGAUAUUACAUUUCGUGACUUUUACUCCGCGUUUUCUUAUUAUUUUGGAGUAAAAAAUGUAUUUUUUGGUACAUUUAAUACAAGUAAGGUUAUAUUGAAAAAAUUGGCGCAAUCUUUUGAAUUAAAUGAAUUUGAUCGUAUGAUUUGUGAAAACGUAAAUUUUUCCUAUAUUUGUCCAAUGAAUACAGAAAAAACAGAUAAUCAGAUUGAUGUAAAUUUUUAUAAACUCAUAGAAAAGCAAGUCAGUUUAUCUUUUACUCAAGAUCAUUUUAGUCAUUUAAGACUAUGUCCAAAUGUUCGUCAUUUAAAUGAUCUGUUACACCCUAUAUAUUUUAGCAAUAAAAACGUAGAUUCAGAAACACUUGAUAUAAAUAUUUGGACGCUAACAGUUCUUAAUCCUGAGCCAUUAUUUUUACAGAUAUUAUCUGCAGACAAAAAUUGGCCAGUGCCAAAAUAUUUUGGUGCUUGUGGACGAAUUAUAAUUGAAGAAUAUGUGGGAUUACCAUUAACUGCUUAUUACAAUGAACCAUGGUUAAAUAGAGCUAAAAUAGUUUCCAGUCUUUUAAAUGCUGCUCAUACGUUCACUUAUGAGAAUGAAAAUUUCAGUUUUUAUUUAACUGAUGUAUCAGCUGAUAACAUAGCAGUUGAUUUAAAGUAUAAUGCGAAAUUCAUAGAUUUAGAAAAUGUGAUUAUUGUUGACAAAAAUCUUACAUCUAAAGAAAAACCACCAAAAUGGGAUGAAUUACAUGUAAAUGCAGAUGACUUGAGUUGCCCCGAAUGUUUGGCAUUUUCUUCUGUUGAAAUAUGUAAUCAUAAAAUUAGUGACCAUAACUAUUAUGCAAUAUGUAAGAUACUAUUGUCACUAAAUACAAACAAUAGUGUAUUAACUGGUGGUCUCCUACAUGAUAUACCUGCAAAUAUAUUAAAACAAUAUUCGAAUAUACAGUAUUUAAUCAGACAAUGUGUUAACCCGGAUGGACCCUUAACUAGAAUAACUGCAGGAACGGAACUUAAACAAUUAUUAGAUAUUGUUAUCCAAUAGUAAUUACUGUUAAAAUGUAUUAAUUUGAAAAUAAGAAAGAAUUUUUGCAAACUUUGCUAUGUUAAGUCACAUCUAUACUGGUCAAAUUUAAUAUAAUUCAUACCACUAUUAUUUACAAACUUAUGAAAAAAAAUAAAGAAAAAAUGUAUUGAACAAAAGUUACUGCAUACAAAAAUUCGUUGUACAGUGCUAUUUUGUUUAAAUGAUUAUUUGUACAUUUUAAGACUCAAUAUUAAUAAUGUAGUUUAUUUUAUUAUUAAGGUGUCACCAGAUUCAUUCAUUCUGUCUUUUUUUUUAUAUAUGUAUAUUAUGGAAAAUAAAACUGUAUAUUUAUUUAAUUCA